UGCUCUCACUUGACCACAAUUUUUUUGCGAUAUGAUCUAGACGUUUCACAACUAAAAUAAUUGGCUUCAGGAACACAGUAGAAUCUCUUUUUUGCCUGGACGAAUUUAUAUUCCUCGUGUUUUCAUAACUAAUAAUAUAUUCGACUACAUUAUUAAGAACAAAAGAAAACCGUAUCCAUUGCGAUCCAAUUUUGUUCCCUGUUUGUAUUACAGAAAGUAUUACGGUGUUAAUUGCUAAAAGGAUUCUAUACCGCUUUAAAAUUAUUUUGCCCACCGCAGAAAAAGCAUUGAAUCCGUUUUAAAUAUGUGGCCAUGAUCUAUUUUGUUACACGUUGACGUUUUCCGAAGUGCCUCCUUGAAUUCGAGACGAAGCUAAAUUGAAAGGAGGACGCCAGUUUUGCAAUAGCCUCCUUCUUUCACAUUAAUAUGACCUACAUUGGUCCAAAUUAAAUUUCUGAAAUGACGUGAAAUGUCAAAUUAAAUGACUUGUUUAAAGGUCUUGUUACUGAACCUGUUUUGUCUUUUCCCCAGUAAAUUGAAAGGGAAAUAUUGAAAUCAUUUUGACGUCGGAAAAACACCACAGUGCUUUGGCAAGUUUCCAGUUUCAUCAGAGUAAUAUGCUGCAUUUCCCAUUAGGAGGCUGACUAGUUGCCUGGGUAAUGCAUGGUGACAUUUGAGAAUACAAUUUGUUUUUUCGUUUUACACCUGGUGUAAUUUAAGAGAGCGCAUUAUUCAAACAAAAAUAUAGCUUCCAAAGCUAUCGACUCAAAGUAUUUAGUUUGCAGAAUAUCUCGUGUUUGAGUAAUGGGGAGUAGAACGUCUGUACAAACGACUAGAUGGACGUAAAUGUCUUAAGGUGAAGAAUAUCUAAUCAAUCCUCACAAAGACAAUACCAAAGAGCUUUAUUUGAAUUCCAUGAAUAUUUAUGUCGCUUUUCUUAUAGGCCGAGUUGCCCUUGAGGUUAACUAAUGUCGCAAGAAAACGUCUCUCUCUGAAAGGUCGUCUUCGGCAAAGUUGGAGCAUCCGAGCAGGUGGAAAAAAGAUGUUUUUUUUUUUUGUUUUUUUUUUACGACAAUUCAACUAUCCAAACGGGAAAGGGUUGUGAUUUUUAUAUGAAAUGAGGAUUGCUGUUUCCACCAGAAGUAAAUAAGACCACCAGAUUUCAAAGAUUGCUGACAAACAGAGACCAAACAGACUGGGUUAAGAUUGCUCCGCGAUUGCUCAAAGCAGGUAUUAACUGACUUGUUUCAGCCUUACAAAGGUUCAGCGCCAAACAUUUUCGGAAAUGGAACAACUGAUUCAAUAUCAAAAUGUCUGCGUCUUCGCGAAAACGAUGGACUUUAGCAUGGAGGAAAACCAACUUGUUUACAUUUCCAAUGUAAUGACUUGUAUUUUCAACGCGUUCUUUGCUCUGCCCGCCAUCGUCGGGAAUGUCCUAGUUGUGAUAGCGAUAUGGCGCACGCAGCUGAAGCGCUCUCCGUCAAAUAUCUUGCUUUCCACGCUGGCGUUCGCUGAUCUUCAGGUUGGUCUCACAGUCCAGACGAGCUUCGUCUGCUAUAAAAUGGCUGAAAUCUUCAGGGCAGACAAACUGGCAUGUUACGGGCGCUUCGUGAACAUAGUGUUUGGUUAUUCGAUAACUGCAGUGUCGCUGCUUACACUGACUGCCAUUGCCAUCGAGAGAUUCCUGGCGUUGCGCCUGCACUUGCGCUACAAGGAGGUUAUCACUAAAGGGCGCAUAUUGACAACCGCCUGUUGUUUUUGGGUGGUAGGACUAGCCGCGACCUCGCUUUAUUUUAUACAUAGAAGUGUCUUCGGUGCAAUUGUCAUCAUCACCGAACUCGUUUCCAUUGUGGUAACCUCAGUGGCCUAUCUCAAAAUUUAUAAAAUCGUGCGACGCCACGCACGUGAGAUAGAAUCACAGAGGAGAGUGUCGUUAGAUCCUAACGCUCAAAUCGGGCUUAACAUGAAAAAAUACCAGCGUUCUACGUUCACAAUGGUUAUCGUGUUCAUGUUGUCGUUUGUUUGUUAUGUGCCAUAUUCGGGGGUAAUGGCGGCGAAGCUGAAAUACGGAUUUACAGCAAACGUGAAAAUUGCAGUUGAUAUUUUUUCGACUGUAGUUUGUAUUAAUAGCUCACUUAACCCGCUGAUAUACUGUUGGAGGAUGAAGGAAGUAAAACAGGCUGUCUGGGCGGUAGUCAAACGUAACACAGCGGUCACUCCUGGACUGAAUGACCAGAGCAUGAUGACAUUUGCUACGAUUCCUCCGCAACUGCGGCACGCAGCCGGCUCCAAAACAGUUGGAAAUGGCGCGAGCAGCAAGUAAUCAUCGACACGCGUGUCGAAAACCCAAAGGGAACCACAGCAGGCGCAAAGUGAUCUGACUUUUAAUACUCAAAUACCCAAAUUUUACCUGAGCGUGGCAUUAGAAAGGCGUCUAAAAUGGCCUCAUUUAUCAGGAGUAUUUCUAUUCAGUAAGUUACCGAUGAUAAAGUGGGACUGGAGUUUCAGAGCCUAAAGAACAGCACCUCAUGUGUAUUCCACACAACUUGUACAUUAUAUGUGUGCGGUAACUGUGUCGCGUCAGUGCUAACAGGAAGAAUCUUAAACCCGUAAUAAAAGUGUUGAAAAGGUUAUCUAUUUUUCUUCUACCGUCUCCACUUAUUCCCUAUUUAAUGGUGUGGUUUGUUCACAUUGAUAUGGGGAAGGAAUGGAUUGUCAAACACAUUAUGCGCGCGUGGAUUAAGGUUAGUUUAGUUCAAAUUGAUUAAAUCGCAGUCAUACUGUAUUUUCAUGACUUUCCAAACUAGUUUUCAUUGGCUGCAGUCCCUGUAUUUGAAAGCAAUAGAGCCUCGGGUAAUUUGUCUUUUGAGCGCAAAUUCUUAUUCUUUUUAAUUUCCUUUUAAGACACUGAAUUGUCAAAUUUAUGAAAAAUCGUGGCUUGCGUCUGUGAAAAUAUAAAUACUAAUGAAUAAAAG